AUGAGGAUCCAACCAAGCAGCUACAUGGGGUCAGGGGGGAUGAUGGAGCGGUGGCGACAGGAGGCAUCACCAGGAAGCAGCGCCGAAGGAGAGGUGGGAAGUAAGGAGGUCUUUACUGUGGCUCCUACUAAGCAGACCGCCCGCCGAUGCACCACCCGUGGGAAAGCGCCCAGGAAGCAACUGGCUGCAAAAGCCGCUGGCAACAGUGCGCCCUCUACCGGAGGGGUGAAAACCUCCUCACUGCAGGCCUGUACUGUGGGACUCCGUGAAAUUAGACAUUGUCAGAAGACCACUGAACUUCUCAUUUGCAAACUUCCUUUCCAGCAUCUGAUGCGAGAAAUUACUCAGGACAUUAAGACAGCUAUGGGUGCUUUUCGGCAGGCAAGUGAGGCAUACCUGGCUGGCCUUUUGGAAGACACCAACCUAUGUGCUAUCCAUGCCAAAUGUGUAACAAUUAUGCCAAAAGACAUCCAGCUAGCACACCGCAUCUGUGGAGAAAGUGCUUAA